CAAUACACCUAACGAAAAUUUAUUAAUUUCGACUAGUUUAAAUCUGCACGCGUCGACUCUUAUUCGAAAAACGUUCAGUUUCAUUGAUAUUAUAAUUUAAGUACAUAUUUCUUCGCUAUAAAAUCAAAUAUUCAAUUUUUCUUAAAUUCAUUUUUAGUGUCGUUUCUUAAAAAAAAAUUUUURUUCGAAUUGUGUUGUUUAUAAUGUGAUUCUAAUGCUAAUUCUAAUAUCAUGAUAUCGAGUUGGUCAUGUGACAAUUAUAAAUAUCGGACACACUUGAGGUGGCGGCUGCCCAAGUGCACGGCGAAUGGGAUGCGAGAUUAUCGUACGAACAUAUUAUCGCACGCUUUGAACGUAAUCAACGAUUCCCACCGUUGUUAACAAGCAACGAAAAUGGGCUUAACCCCGAUCAAGUUACCGUACCAGUCAGCCAAAAACCGAUUGUUUGGCGUACAACCCCGGAUGUCAGCCAGCUUUCAGCAAAUACCGACUUUCAACAUAAACGACCCGUAUAGUCAUGAUCGACAACCGAGUCGACGAACCAGCAGGCGAAAUGGGUUACCUAUCAACAUGCUCGUCUCCCAGCAAAAGAGGAUCAGCAACAGUGAAGAAAACAUGGAAAAAGUUAAUAUUCAUUUUAAUAACAACGGCACAGUGACGUACCAACACAAAAAAAUUUUAGAAUUUAUGCCACAUCUUUCAGUUAUCAAAAAUGAUGAUGUCAAAUUAACCGUUCCAAAUAUUCCCUUACUAACAUUGACUACACAAGCAAAUAGUUUACCAUCAAUAUUAAAAAGUUCACUUUCGGCAAUUUUAAGGUUUUCUGGCUUAACUCCAUUUAAACAUGUUACUCCACAACAAUUAGUUUUUGGUUAUGACGAUCCAUUAACUUCUCUAGCAAACACGUAUUAUCCAAAAGGAAAAAGACCACCCAAAAAAAUGGGACUUUUCUUGAUGCGAAAUGGAACACUAGAUGAAGUUUCCACAAUAUAUACGGGUCAUAACGGAAUGGAAAAUUUUGGACUUCUCGAUCGUAUAAAUGGAAUGGAAGAGUUACCAUUUUGGAAAGGAUCUUGUAAUUCUAUUAGAGCAUCGGAAGGUUCGUUUUUCCCUCCGAGAGAAUAUACAAAGUCUGAUUUAGUACAUGUGUAUGACAAAGAUUUGUGCCGAGUAUGGGCACUUCGAUACCGAAAAGACGUGGUCAAAGAUGGUAUUACAGCAGGAUACUAUACACCUGAUGACAACCUUCUCGAAACUGUUGAUAAAAAUCCUGAUAAUGCAUGUUUUUGCGAAGACAACACCGAAUGUACCGUUAAAGGGUUGCAGUACAUUGGACCUUGUCAAUUUAAUGCUCCAGUUUACUUAUCUUUUCCUCAUUUCUACAAAGCUGAUCCGAAACUCUUAGAAGAUGUAGAGGGUCUUUCACCAGAUCAAGAAAAGCAUGAAACAUUUUUAAAAAUUCAACCUAGACUGGGAGUACCAUUGGAAGCCCGUGUGAAGGUCCAGCUCAAUUUAAAAGUUGAACAAUCCAAUAUUUACCCGACGUCCAACUUCAGAAGCAUUACAUUUCCAAUUAUGUGGCUUGAAGAGGGCGUGAGCGACUUGCCGGAAAACAUUCAUCGGUGGAUAUACAUGGCCACUACAUUCGUAGACACAGCUGUGCCGUUGUUCACGUACGGGCUUAUCCUCGGCGGUGCAUUAAUACUGGUUGCAGUGUUUGUCCGCACAUAUCACCAAAUUGUAUUUUCGCGAGAAAACAUCGAACGUGGCAGACGAAAUAUCCUGCGACGGGGCAGCAGUAUGCUUGUCAAUGGCCAACAUCGGUUACUGAUAGUUCGUGAAUCGUACCAUCGGAUAAGCAACAGCAUACAAGAAACGGACGUGGACGCACAACAGCUUCUAUCGUGAACUAAAGACUAUAAAUUUAUAUUUUAACGUACCUAUAUAAUGAUUUUGAAAUUUGGAAACUUCUACCAUCACCUUUUCGUACAAGAUACGCGAGUGAUAUGCUAAUAAACUAUUGUGUAGUCUAAACUGUGAUAUAGAUAACGAAAAAAUGCACAAAUGUUUAAUAUGUUCAUGUAGACCUCAGAACAAACAAAUUCUCAAAUUGGACUGUGAUACAAAUUUUAUAGAUGAAGACAUUUUUUUUUUGUGUGUAUAUAUACAUAUAUAUAUAUAUAUAUAUAGUAUAAAAUAAGAUAAA